UAUUUAUCUAUCUGUUAGGUGCAUGCAAGGCAUACUGAACGUAUCCAGAUAUGCUAAUUUGUCAAUUUUCCUUUAAGAUUAUAUUCAUUUUAAUUUGUUUUUCAAAUUCGCCAGCUUUAAGAUAGAGAAUUGACUCGAUAAUCCCCCUCAUCUUUUUGUAAUGGUCAUACUAUGAAGCCAAAUAGACGGCUGCGCUCAUGAUAAUAAAUAUUAGAAUAAAAGAAGCGCCUUUAUUUCCCAUAUGACAACAUGUCGGUGGCGUUUUCAUCGGCUCGCCCCAGGAGUAAAGGAGAGGUGACACAGCAAACCAUUCAAAAGGUAAGAAUGAAUAUUUGUUUCGGCGUUUGAGAUCAGAUAUUCCAGUCUGGGUGGGAGUGUGCGGUCUGUCUCUAGUGCAGCAUGAAAGUAUAGCCUGUGGUGAAUUUCACAUGGUAUGGCAACUAAUUAUUGUAACGAUACAGUCGGUUGAAGGUGCGAGCCAAACAAAGCCGACCGUCCAAGGUGUAGCAGCAGAGGAUACUGAUUCCCACGCUGCUUUUCCUGAUAACUAAUGGAUCUUUUGUAUCUGGAAUAUACUGAACAGCCUCAGAUUUUAGGACUUACCAAGAAAUUCUAACACCUUGCACCUCCCUGUUUUUUUCUUUUUCUUUCUUUUUUUAAAGCUCACUUUCUUUGGUCCUAAAACGUGCAAAAACAUGAUUUAUAUUGUGUAUGUAACAUUAGACUUCCUGGACCAUACGCUCCUCUAAAUGCUGCUGCUUUUAUCCUCAACUGAACCGGAUGUUUCCGGUGAAAACACACCAAGACAGGCACUUUCAAACGGUGUCCUGAAUAGCUGCUUUAUUUGGCUCCUGUAUGAAAAAAAAAGAGGAAAAGUGACCCAGUUAGAAAUGUUUUUUAUGCUGGAUGAGGUUCUGAGAAACCAGGGCAUCACUGCUGCAACUUGAUAGCACAUAAUUCACUGUAAAAUUCACCAUACACUGUGACUCAAGGAUGGAUGCAUUACUGAAGUUGUACUGUUGUUUCCCAAAGAUGCUAGAUGAAAACCAUCAUUUGAUACAAUGUAUAAUGGAUUACCAAAGCAAAGGGAAGACAGCUGAAUGCACACAGUAAGUGUCUCUUUUUCCAUUAUUCUAAAUGAUGCUAUGUUAAUGUGUUAGUCAGACAAAAGUGACUAAAUGCAUCUGUGUUAUUUUCUCUUUUGACAGGUAUCAGCAGAUCCUGCACAGAAAUCUUGUUUACUUGGCCACGAUAGCAGAUUCAAAUCAGAACAUGCAGUCAUUACUACCUGCGGUGAGUCCUUUUGCAUGUUUCAGGGACAAAAAAACUCAGGCUUCUCAUUUGUAUAUCAUCACAGGACACCUGUUCUAAGCAAAUAUGCAUCACCAAAUCUAUUUUGAUAAAAAAAAAAGUUUGUGGUGCCUCGAACUUUCUUUAUAUGGGACCAAAAACCCUCAUCAUCCACAGAUAAAUGUGCACACCAGGCAGAAAUUGAAAUAUCUUAUAUAUUGCUGGGCGAUAUGGGAAAAAGUUUAUCAUGAAAUAUUUUUUUCAUGUCAGUCAAUAUCGAUAUAUAUUACGAUAUACAAAAUGAAAUUUAACAGUGCUUAUUGGUUGCAUGUCUUUUUCAAUACAAUAAGCUACUGCAUCUGUGAGGUCUUUGUGUCUAUUUGACGUUUUGUCGUGAAGCUUUGCGCUAGAGAAAGCGGACUGAAUGGUUGGCUGUUUUGGCUGCACAGGCGCCAUGGGCUCCUUGCUCCACUCAGGGUUUGUAACCUUUUGCAUUGCGCGUACUCUGCUGGGUGGCACUGCUUCAGAUGGUAAAAAAGAUUUGAGGUGUUCCCCAACUUUGCGAGAACAUGUACUCGACAUAAUUUGCAGUGCACAUUACUCUGCUACAUGUCCAACCUCAAAAAACCAAAAUACAUCCACGCACCCCCAUCUGCGUUUCUCCCGGGAUAGCGCUCAUUUUCUUUUUGUCUCACCAACAGUGCUGUCGUCUUCACAUGUCAAAGUGCUAUGGUUGUGUGUAGCUGCAGUCUGCUACUACGCAGUUGUUUUUACUUGGUUCUAAUUCAGCAUGAUUGGUUCAGUGCAAAGCCGACCCAGAGCAACUUCCCUUUUUAUUGGCUAUUUGUAUAGUCUACCCAAACAUAGCAGAAUGCCGGUUAUCGAAAAGCCUAUUGACCAUGUUUUAUAUUUAUAUUGAGGUAAAAUAAUUAUCGAUAUAUAUCGUUAUCAUUUUAACUUCCAGCCAUAAUCUUACAAACAUCAUUAUGCCUAAUAAAGUUUGAUUUUUAUUCCAGCCGCCCACAGCUACUAUGUCCAUGGGUCCUGGAGGGAUGAGUCAAAGUGGGGGACACACUCCAAGCAACCUCAAUGACACCAUGGCCCCAGGUCUGACCCCCACAUCAAUGUUGCAAAGCCAAAUGAGCAACGGUGAGAAACCCUGGCCCACUUUGUCUGUAAUUCCUGUAUUUCCUGAUCCUGAUUGUCAUGCAUGUUUGUCUGCAAACCUGCAGUGAAAUCAUGUUUUGUAUGAUACAGCCUCUAUUUUCUUUGUGGUCACACCGCCUGUGAGUACCUGUGGUCUUGAUUUAAGCUAAUGAUCUGAUAAUCAGAUUUCUUUGCAGUCACAGCUACUCCGGCUCUUUUUGCUGUUUUUUUUUUCCUGACUCAUGUUGUUUACACCCAUAAAUCCUUUUACAACCAUGCAAGCUUUCUGUCCAGAUGAACUGAAUGUGAUAAACAUGCACUACAUGGCGACAUGUGCUGCCUGCUCUGUAUGUGCCAUCAGGCUCCAGCCAUGCCCACAUGCAGCAGCAGCAACAGCAGCAGUCUGGUCAGGUGCAGUCGGCUGUUCCCUCAGCAUCCCUCAGCAGCAGCUACAGUAGCCCGACCUCUGCCCCUGGCUACAGCCAUGCUGCACCUCCAUCCCAAAGCAGCAUGAUCCAGGCCCCUGGGCCUGGCUUUGGCCCGUGCCCCUCUUCUUCCUCUUCUUCUUCCACCCGCAGCAACCUCAACAUGCAGUCUAACCAAGGUGAGCGAGGCAAAGGGAGCAUCAGAUGAAAUCAUAUGAGUUUUAUCCAAUUUUGUAGAGAGCUGGCGGAUUAAUCACACCAAUAAUGCAAGUUUCAAAAUUACAGUAAGUGGGUAAUGGGAGGAAUACUUUUUCAGGGAUCAGGGUGAGGUAGAAACUUAACUGUAAAGAAGGUUGAUAAGUUUUUAAGUACCUUUGAAUGUGUCCAGGCCAAACACCUCCUCACUUUUCCUUAAAACACUUUCUCACAUAUUCUUUGUUUCUGCUCUUAAAACACUAUUAAUCUCCUCCAGGUCGAGUGCUAGAAACAAAACAAACAAACACAUUCAGUUCAUCAAAGUGGUCUCCUACCUCUUCCCCUUUCCCCUCCGCUUCAGGCCUUAUUUCUCUUUGUCUUUGACCCUUGACCCUGGGAUGCUGCCCUACCCUGGGAUGCAGCCUUCCUCUCCCUGGAUGCUCAUGCAUAUUUACUAUACUUCUGUCAUGCACUGACCUCAUCUUCUUUAUUUGCCUUUAUACUUAAGAUUGUCACUAUUAAAGCAUCUCUCAGAGAUUUUUCUAUGAUAGCGUCCUGACUGCUGUGAACCCAUGUUGGCUUUAUCCUUUGCCCUGACUGUUUUGGAUUUCUCUCUGUAUCUAUUUUUGAAGUUAUUUAUGCAAAUUCAGCUCUGAGAAUACUUAUCUGUUAUGUGCCUGUCUAUAAUAAUGUAUAAGAUCUCUCCUCUAUAAUCCAAACCCUCUCUCAGUCACCAUGAUGCACCAACAGUCUGCCACUCCGCACUAUUCCUCAGCCCAGACAGGGGGACAACAUUAUCAGGGACAGCAGGCCAUGGGUAUGAUGGGUCAGGGCAGUCAAGGGAACAGUAUGAUGUCUCAGAGACCCAUGGGAUCCUACCGCUCCUCACAGCAAGGUAGGUGGUGAGACUUUCUCAUGCUUGGAAAUGGCAAAAGGUUCAGAGGGUUUGUGCUGUCAAGUGAGUGCUAAAGUACAAACUAGAUGGGUGUGUAAACAGAUUGUCUGAAAGCUAGUCUCACUGUUUCCAGGAUGGUGGAUUUUUGCUGCAUGCGUGGUACUAGAUAGAACAUAAAGAGGGAGUGAUGUUGAAAGUCUGUAAAGUGAUCUAGCUCAGUUGCCUUCCUGUGGCUGUAAGAAACAGUCUGAGGAUGUCUUUCUUGUCACAUUUUGAUCCUGUCCCUGUAAAUCACUUUUGCUGCGUUAGUGUGAGCCUAAUAAUAGCACCACCCGUGUCCUGUUAUGCCUUUGAAGAGUGAAGACAUUGCACAUUGUAAAUCAGAUGUCUAAAAAAGAAAGGAUACUGUUUCCAGGGCAACAGGCUAUAGAUGUAAGUCCUUGUUUCCCUGGUAUACUGUUAUCCCUUCAUGAUUAGGGGUUAUUUAUUUCCAGGUUAAAGCUCUGAUGUGAGAUUAGCGUGUCCAGAUUUAUCUUCAUGAUUGCUUUUAGGGAUGUUGCAAAAGUUGGUUAUCAAGUGUUGCUUCUUGGUCACAUCCAAAAUGACCAGAUAUGUCGCUGAGACUAUGUUGCUAUUGCCGCAGAAGGGAAGUGAACAGGCCUGCAACAUUUCAUCUCUGUUAUUGAAAACGUUUGGGUCAUUUGUGGUUUGUUAGAGAUAUUAAGUUAUUUUGAGUAUUUUUUAUAUAUUUAUAUUUGUUCUGUUGUUUUUCGGCUCUGAGUUUGAUCAAAUUUAUGGUUAAAGAAGUGAAUGGAAUCUGGAGUUUCUGCACACCAACACAAAGGAGAGAUAGGAUUCCCUUGGAUAAAUGUUUUUUAAGUAAUUCUGUUUUUCCAACUAUAAACUAAGUUACUCUGAUUUCUUUUUUCUAGUUUUUACAGAAACUGCUCCACUUAAACCAAUUUUUGUGUUUUCCUGAUAUAGUUUUCUCGAUAUUAUACUUUUAAUCAGUUUAAAACCAUCAGGGGAACUUUUGUUCUACUCUAAUAUAAUUUCAAACCAAUUGUGAUUGUCCCCUUUUGCUCAUAUCUACAGAUCUCUAAAUGAUACCCUCUAAGAAAGUGCUCAAUAAUAACAUCUCUUGCUACCUUUAAUAUUUCAUUUCACUGAUCUUAUUGUAACUCACAUGUGCUUGGACUCCUUCUCUCAGUUUGCCUAAAUUUCCCUACAUUCCUGGCCCAGCCCUUUAAGUCUCCCACUCAUCGUCCAAUUGGUCCAGCCAAGUGAUUAACCAAUCGUGGUCUCACCUGUCUUGCAGGAUCUGCACAGCAGUACAUGGGACAAGACGAGUUCUACGGAGAGCAGUAUGGACACACUCAGAGCUCCAGCGAGCCCAUUAACCAGCAAUAUUACCCUGAUGGUAAUCAUGCACAUCCAUAAACUUCAUACACACAGCUCUCAAACGAUCAACCUCCCCAUUAUAGGCCAUUACAAUUCCUUUCAACACUAUGUCCCAUAGGCCUGAGCCACAUUAUAACAACACUGAAGCUCCAGCUCUUCUUCCUAGUCAUUGUUUUGCCCUCAUUGUGGGAGAUGAGAACUGAAACAAAUCAAAAAGGGCUGCUAUUGGUCUCAAUUCUGUUUCCUCCCAGUGUGUCUGUGUCCAUACUGUCCCCUUUGGUGUGCGGAAAUUUCAGAUUUCAGAGCGUGCUGUAGCGCUGUGAUGAGAGUGCAAAUUUCUUCCAGGGUGUUUCUUGUGCUGCGUGCACAGUAAAGAUGUUCGAAGCCUUAAAAGUGUUAUUUAUGCCUGUGAUUCUGUCAUUACAUUUUUAAGCUUCAAAUUCUGAAUAUGUUCUCUUCUGCAAGCGAGUUUUUUACUUGUGCAGGGGAGUUUUUGCAUGUGUUGAAUUGAUUUCUGCACAGGUCACGGGGAGUACUCAUAUCAACAGUCAUCAUACGGUGAGCAAGGCUAUGAGAGGUCCUUUGAUGACUCGUCACAGCAUUACUACGAAGGAGGUAGCUGCUUUUAUUGCAUUGUUUUUGUAUAUUUGUCAGCGCACUAAAGCACCACUUUGUUCUGUAAAUGAUGAUGAUAAUGUGUAUGUUUGUACACCCCCAGGUAACUCUCAGUACAGCCAGCAGCAGGCUCAGUACCAGCAGGGCUCUGGCCAACAGCAGCCCUUCAGCCAGCAGCAGUACUCGUCUCAACAAGGCUACAGUGGGCAGCCACAGGGAUACGGUCAGAGCAGCACAGUCAGACAGUGUUGUGCAGCCAUAUUUACGCAAACGCAAAACACAUGAACAAACAAAUUGAAAGUUUUCUCUCUAUGGUGCAGGUCCUGGACAAGGUGGAUCCUCCCAGUAUCCUCAGUAUCAGCAGAGUCAAAGCCAACAGUUUGGAUCCUACCGCUCCUCCCAGGGAGGCCCUGGACCACAGGCACAGAGGCCCUAUGCUUAUGAACAGGUACAGAGUAAAUCAUACAUCUCACUUUUUUUAAAAACUCUUUGAAGCUGGUCUUUAAAAUACUUAUAGCCAAGUUUUCCUGACCAAAUGUUUCUGUAGGUUAUAAAAAAAAAUAAAAAAAACUAUAAGAAAUAAUAUGUAUAAACUUUCUUAAAGCUCCUGUGAGAAUUUCAGAGUUAAUGAAAUACACUGAAAUUCAUCCUGAUGCCUUUUAUGAUAUAUUAAAGCAAACAAGACCGUUAACAAUAAGAUUGACAACUUUGAUAUUGAAAUUUUUGAUGCCUCAAAUCAGUGUAAGGGGGCAGGUGUCAGUGGAGCAGCUAAAGAAACAGUCCUGUGUUUACAAUGUCCGCAUGAAACAUCCACAAUAUAUGAAAAACUGUCAAAAUCAGUUGGAUAAUUUAUGUACUACUCAAGAAUGAAACAUAACAUAUUUUCUCUCUGUGUUGACACUUGUGCAUUGUAGGGUCAGUACGGGAAUUAUCAGCAAUAAGACACUGCAGCGUUUUCCAUCCGGAGGAAGUAAAGGAGACAUUUUAACAGUGACUGACUCUGCUGUUGAGAAGAUCUGGAGGCGUUAUAUACAUUAACCUUUCAUAAACAAUCAUUCAGGCUGAGAACAGAUCAUCUACUCAUAUACGAUGCCUUUUUUUUUUAAAUGUUUUGCUCUUUACCAGGUUGUUUCUAUGAGCUGGAGACGUGUAGCACUCUUGAUGACUGUAAAUUCAAGCUGCUUGAAUGAAGCAGUGCAGUCUGAUCACACUGCACCUCUUUAUUCUCUUGUUUCUUUUCUGUCUCUGUCUUUCACUUGACUCAAUCCUGUCCCCGACUCUCAGUAUUUAUUUCACAAGCCUCCUUUUUAUAUCUCCGCUGGGUGCUAAAAACAGGUCAGUAGAUUUAAAAAGCAAAUAAGAAAACCAGCAAUGUCCCUUUAUAUUAACUAAACAUACAGAAAGUAGCUCCUGGAAUCAGUUGAAUAAAGGAAAAAUGUUUGUCUGAAACAUGACUUGAUUAGAGGAUUUGUCAAUGUUAGUUGAAUUGUGACGUGUUGCUGUCUAUUCAAACAUUAUGUGAAUUCACCAUACAUAAGUCUUAGUGUUCAUAGACACAUCCAGACUUAAAAAGUGUGUAUCAUUCAUUUACAUAUAGUAGAAGUGAUUUUGAAACUCUGUUUUCAGUGGGAUUACUUUGCACAGACAUUGUAAAUGUGCAAAGAUUAGGCAGGUUUGGUGAUCUAAUGCCAUUUGAUUUUAUUUUUACAUAAGUAUUGCACUUUAUUUUCGACUGACAGUGUACGUUUUGUGUGAUUUUCUGUAUUCUUGUGUAAUCCAGGCUGUGAUAACAAAAAUGACGCUCAAAAAAACCAAAGUAACACAGGAUAUGAGCAGUUGUGUGACCUGCACCUCUUCUACAAUCCAUGCAAUACACCUUGUCAGUCAUGUUAAAGUUGGUUCUUAUAAUGAUCGCACAAUACUUAUCAUUAUUUGUACUUUCUUGACAGACAAUAAUGGAAUAAGUUAAAGCUGUUAUUCUGACGUUUUGUGAUAGGUUACAGCUUUCAGCUAACAUGCUAUAUUUGAGGUAAUUAUCUUCUGUAAAGUUACAUGACUUAAGGAUAGAUUAUAGGAAGUUUCGAUUGUCAUCUUUUGUUUUAGACAAAGUUAGAAAUAACUUAAGUGUUAAAGGUUAAGAAAAGGAAUUGAAAGCUAAUUCCUAGUAUCCUUAUUGUACAUGUAUAAGCACGCUUGCCUUAUUCUUUCUAUCUAUAUUGUUUGCACAUCACUCUUUCUGUUAUUCGUUUAUGUAUAAGGAGGAAAGAAUUAAGACAACACCCUCAGCCCCUCACUCUGAUCACUGUUUCUCAAAGUUUAAUCAAGGUUUUAAGUUUGUCCAUGUGUGUCUUUCUGCGCAGUACGGUGAAUUAUCUCAGAUGGUUUUGAUAGCAUAAAGGUUGCAGCAAUUUUGCAGGGUUAAUCAAGUAUGGGAGAUACCUGGCUGGUAAACAGCCAAAUACCUUUGUGCCACUCGACAGUGACAAUCACAUGCUUCUCUAAACUACUGCAUUGAUUGUGUUUCAGUGUUUGAUUUUACAGUAAAGUCAGCAGGUAUGCACGUUCUUACCUAUUCUAUGUAGUUUGUCAUCACAGGUUCGAGUGGUUCACCUUGUUUGUGUGAGAGUGUGUUUGUUUGUGUGACAGUAAAGUAAGAAAGAGGGAAAGAUACUAAGCAAGAGGGUGGGAAGUUUUAUGCGCAUAGUGAAAAUAUGAAUGUCAUUAACUUGUUUAGUGUUAGUCUGCGUUUUUUGUUUUCUAUUUUUCUGCUGUUUUUUUGUUACUGUUUGUGAUGUAAAAAAAUAAACUGGCUCUCACUUUGUA